AUGACUUCAACCUCAGAUGUCAGCCACGCGGCAGCAACCGACGUCGCUGACCUUGCAUCUUCUAUGUCCGCAGCAGCUUUUCUAGGAAUUGCAUGGUUCAUCUGCAUCGACCUCAACAUCCGCCUACUCGUUAAGGCCGCACGUCGCAGCCUGUACUUCUGGAGCUGUUUGCUGUGCAGCUGGGGUAUCAUCGUGCAUAGCAUUGCCAUCCUCCUAGCCAACUUCAACAAAUGGACAGCAUACUCGUCCAUCGUCAUUAUUGAACUGGCAUGGUUCGCAUACGUGGUCGCUCAGUCACUUGUCCUCUACUCACGCCUCAACCUCGUACUGAAGAACGUGCAAAUCGGACGCUACAUCCUUUACAUGAUCAUCAUUGACUCGGUCAUCUUUGGCCUCACUACACGCCACCCACACUUCAACGCACAACUUCACAACACCAAUCUGAUUUGGGACAAAGUGCAAAUCACCGCCUUCUUUGUCCAAGAAACCCUCAUUGGCAUUCUCUACAUCUACGAAACCGCCAAAUAUCUCAAGAAUAUGGAACUUCUCGGCAACUGUCGUCAUACCACGCGUACCAAUCUUCGAAAUCUUAUCGCUGUCAAUGUCCUCAUCAUCGUCCUCGAUUGUAGCGUCAUGGGUUUGUGCUUUAGAGGGUACUUCUUCCUACAAGGCUUCUACAAGGUCGCUGUGUACGCUGUCAAGCUUCGAACCGAGUUUACGAUUCUGAAUCAGUUGCGGAAGGCGUUGACAGGCGCGUCCACGGGUGGAUCUGGACUUGCUGCGCAGAGGGAUAUUGCAAUGUCUUUGCCUAAGAGGAACAACAUCGUCGAAAUAGUCGAGUGA